AUGUUUAUCAAUCAAAUUAAUCACAAUGAAAAUAACAUUCUAAAAAAACCAUCAUCACAAUUAAUGAUAAUUCUAGGAAUUGCAUUAUUAUUUUGUUUAAUUGCUACCAAUAAAUUAGUGUCGGAUAAGAAUGACUUGCCAAGAAUAUUGAGAUCCUAUAAUAAUCCACAGUAUGAUGCAAUUAUUGAUGGACCAAUCGGAGGAGAUGAUGAACAGGUUGGAGCUUGUUCAUUUCGUUUUUUAAUAUUUUCAUCAGUGGAUUCCGAAUCUAUUGGAUUGGGUAAUACAUUGCAAAGCAUUUGGAAAUUAAAGAGUAAAUUAUUUGUGCCAUGUGUGGCUGUUAUCAUGUCAUCGAAAGAUUCAGAAAAAUCAAUUGAAAAGAGAUUGGAUAUUAUUAAUUCAUCAGAUUUUAAAAAGCAUCCAAGUAUGAUAACAGCUAUUGGCAUUGGACAUAACAAUAGAAAGAGAGGAUCAACAAUUGUUGAUGAAUUGGGAAAUUAUUUGAAAUCGAUACGAGACGACAAGAAAUUUAUGAUUGUUAAUGAGGGAAAUACUUUUUGUGAAAGGGCAGAAUAUCAUAUUAUGAAUGUUUUAGAUGAGGCAAGGAGAAGAAAGAUGGAUUCCGAAUCAAUGAAUCAUCUUGCUUAUAAGGUUUCUAUGGGAAAAUUGAAUGGUUUUAUUAUAACGAGAUAUAUUUUAUCAAAAUGGGUUGAAACUUCAUCAAUCAAGAGUUCUGUAUUGCUUGACAUUUUAGAAAAGAAAAAGGUAUUAACCUAUCGAUUCCAAAUCAUGCAAUCUGUUCAAGAAGACCAACCAAAAUGUUUUGAAACAUUAGUUGAAAGGGAUUCUUCGUUUUCAUUUAAUUUGGAUCAAUGUUCAGAUUCAUUAUUUAGUCCCUGUAACAAUGAGAAGAAAUCGGUAGAAUUUUCACAUGAUGUUGUGAAGGAAACUGUAUUCCCAUCAUCCUCCAAAUAUUCAAUUUCUGAUUUUGAAAGAGUAGAAUCAAUCAAAUGUUUGAAAGGAGAAGAUUGUAACACUUGUUGCGAAAAGAAAGCAAUGAAAUGCACUCAAGAAUUCUUCCCUUUCAUCAAUAGAUGUGACGAGUUGCAAUAUCAUGAUAAUUCUUGUGAGUGUGAACGUGAAUCUGAGUCAACUUCAAUUUCACCAUUUUACAAAGGAUCAAAAUGUGUUAUUGCACUUAGAAAAAGCAAGUUUACCUGUGAAUCAAAGCCAACAACAUCUAGUUUCAUUUCUAGGCUUUGUCCAUGUUUAAAAGAAUAA